UUUCCCAUGGUGAAAAACAAUUCCCCUUUCCCAUGCUAAACCUCACCACUACAUUCCCUUCACACACAAAAAGCCUGUCGCCUGCCUUAAAAGGAAAAAAGUGUGACAACAUAGGCAAUGGAUAAUAACAUUGCUAUAAAUACCAUGCAAAGUGAAAUUACAUUUUUCAUUCAUUACUACACAAAAUUAGAGAUUCAAGCAAAAACUCAAGCUUUUCACAAUGGCUCUCUGGUUUGUACUCAUCCUUACACUCUUGGCAGUUGGUGAAUCUCAAUCCACAACAGCUGCUUUUAACCAAACCGACCUGCAAACAGCCAUGUCCGACAUGCAAAGUCGGUCUUAUUAUGGAUUUGUAAUCCUCCUCAAAAUCCUCAACAGCUUACCCAACCAAAUGCAAAACAAUGAUCUCACAUUCCUAAUGCCAAAUGAUGAAGAUUUAUCUCACUUCUCAAUAGCCCCAGAGGAGCUACAUGAUUUCCUGCUUAGCCAUUCUAUUCCAACACCAUUACUGCUCAAUCAUCUAUUACAUUUUCCAAAUGGUUCUAUAGUCCCCUCCGGCCUUCCAAGCAAGGUGAUCAGCAUUACCAACAAUGCUAGAGCAGGUUUGUUUGUCAACAAUGCAAGGAUUGUCACACCAAAUGUGUGUCAAAACUCUCUAAUAAAGUGCCAUGGAAUCAGUGCUGCUUUGACAUUUGAAAAUAGUUUGCCUUUUCAACGUGUUCCAGAACCUAAGGAUCCAUCAAAGAACAGUAAUGACACACACCCAAACCCAUCUAUGAGAAAAAUGAGCAUCAAGGCAUGAGAAAUAGUUGUUAUUCAUAUGUAAUGUAAUGCCAUGCGGUUUUAUGAAAUAACAAACAUCACUUUUUACUUUGUCUCCACAUAAUAUUCAUUUAGCCUCUAACUUUUACUGUCUCCACAUAAGAUUCAUUUAGCCUCUAGACUAAUGUGUUGAGACAUCCAGGUCAUGAUUCAAUAAGUUCAAUCAUUGUUAAACCAAAUUACAAAUAAAUUAAAAAGUAUUAAGAAGCAACAAUAACAAUAACAAGUAAAAUAAUGUGAAAACUGAAAAGUAAAAAGUAAAAACCAGUUGAACUAAUCAUGGUUCAACCCAAAUUCAAUUCGGUUAAACCAUACUACAAUAGAACCAAGAUUGAUAAACUAAAUGGUUCAAUGCAGUUUAAAACAUUGCUCUAGACUUGGUCGUGGUU